GGAUACAACAGAUUUCUGGAGAAAACCCAGACAGAAGCAAAUAGUGAUGUGAUUCUCUGAACAGAGAGCAUUGGAAGUACAGUUCUUGGAGAACGGACGAACAGUACAAGAACGUUCUAACAAAAGCAAGCUUUCUAAUUUGACAGAACCAUUUUGUAUUAGUUUAGAUCUUGUGGGAUGAUGAGGGAAACCAAGUCUUCAUGGUGGCCCCUGUGGCUCUAUGCCUUAGUGGGAUUUAUGCAUUCUGCAGAAACUUUGGAGUUUGGGGGUGCUCCGGGUCAGUGGGCUCGAUAUGCUCGCUGGGAGGCCGGCUCAGUCGGCGAACUGAGCUUUAGUCUGAAGACUAACGUAAGCAAAGCUCUGGUGUUGUAUCUGGAUGAUGGAGGCAACUGCGACUUUUUAGAACUUCUGAUUGCAGGAGGACAUCUGCAAUUACGAUUUGCCAUCCACUGCGCCGAGCCAGCCACCAUCCUUAUGGAGACUCGUGUCAACGACGACCGCUGGCACAUGGUCCUCCUGACCCGUAACUACCGUGAGACCAUUCUCAUGGUGGAUGGAGAGACCAAAGUAGCCGAAGUACGCUCCAAGCGCAGGGAGAUGGCCGUGGUCAGUGAUCUCUUCGUAGGAGGGAUUCCACCGGACGUUCGUCUGUCAGCUUUGACUUCCAGCACAGUUAAAUAUGAGCCACCGUUCAUGGGUCUCAUAUCCAACCUGAAGGUAGGCGAGAUCCCUCCUGCCCUCCUCAACAGCCAAGGAAUUCAGAGUGACCUGGAGUACUUGUGUACCAAGCAAAACCCGUGUCUCAAUGGAGGAUUCUGCGUCGUCCAGUUCGGAGAGGUGCAUUGUGAUUGCUCCCACACACGCUUUAAAGGGAAAUACUGCAAGGAAGAAGAACACUCCGUGGAAGGUCUGGCGCACCUGACGUUAAACAACCAAGGUGAUUCAUCACAAGUGGCAGGUAAAGAGGAAUCAGUGGUCACAUUCAAAGGCAAUGAGUUUUUCUGCUAUGACCUGUCUAUGACGCCCAUCCAGAGCAGCACAGAUGAAAUCACGCUGUCCUUCCGGACACUACAAAGAAACGGACUCAUGCUCCAUACCGGGAAAUCUGCGGACUACGUGAACCUGUCUCUGAAGAGCGGCGCCGUCUGGCUCGUCAUCAACCUCGGCUCCGGAGCGUUCGAGGCGCUGGUUGAACCCGUCAAUGGCAAGUUCAAUGACAACGCCUGGCACGACGUCAAGGUCACACGAAACCUGCGGCAGGUCACCAUAUCAGUGGAUGGCAUUUUGACCACCACUGGUUACACACAGGAGGACUACACCAUGCUGGGCUCAGAUGAUUUCUUCUACAUCGGUGGGAGUCCCAACACGGCUGACCUUCCCGGAUCACCGGUCAGCAACAACUUCAUGGGAUGCCUCAAAGAUGUUGUUUACAAGAACAACGAUUUUAAAUUAGAGCUGUCCAAGCUAGCCAUUGAGCGUGACCCCAAGAUCAGUCUGAACGGAGACCUGGUGUUCCGCUGCGAGGAUGUGGCAGCACUCGACCCUGUCACCUUCGAGACCCCAGAGUCUUAUAUCGCUCUGCCGCGCUGGGACACCAAAAAGACAAGCUCCAUAUCCUUCGACUUUCGAACGACGGAGCCUAGUGGCCUGCUGCUUUUCAGUCACGGGAAACCACAAGGCAGCAAAGAUCAGCGUCACGGACGUGAGUUAAAAACAGAUUACUUUGCCAUGGAACUGCUGGAUGGCUAUUUAUUCCUGCUGAUGGACAUGGGCUCCGGCAGCAUAAAGAUCAAAGCCAGCAACAAGAAGGUCAAUGAUGGGGAAUGGUGUCACGUUGACUUUCAGAGAGAGGGAAGGAAAGGUUCUAUUUCAGUCAACAGUCGCACCAUGCCCUUUAACUCCAAUGAAGGCAGUGAGAUUCUGGAUUUGGACAGUGAUAUGUACCUGGGUGGGCUGCCUGAGUCUCGUCAGGACCUAGUCCUUCCUCCUGAGGUUUGGACGGCGCUGCUCAACUAUGGUUACGUGGGCUGUGUGCGUGAUCUCUUUAUCGACGGGAAGAGCCGUGAUGUUCGACGCCUGGCUGAGAUCCAGAGUGCCCCUGAUGUCAGCAGCUUCUGCACCCGUGAGCUCCAGAAGAGGUGCAGCAGCACUCCGUGUAGUAAUGGAGGCCUUUGCAAGGAAGGCUGGAACCGUUACAUCUGUGACUGCACAGGCACCGGCUACCUGGGCAGCAACUGUGAGAUAGAGGCUACAGUGCUGAGUUAUGACGGCAGCAUGUAUCUGAAGAUCAUCAUGCCCACCACUAUGCACACAGAGGCAGAAGAUCUUGCCCUUCGAUUCAUGUCCCAGCGAGCAUACGGACUCCUGGUGGCCACCACCUCAAAAGAGUCAGCAGAUACACUCCGUCUGGAGCUGGAUGGAGGACGAGUCAAACUCACUGUUAAUCUGGAUUGUAUCAGGAUAGACUGUAACCUCAGUAAAGGUCCUGAAACACUGUAUGCAGGUCAAAAGGUCAAUGAUAAUGAAUGGCAUUCAGUGAAAGUAAUGCGCAGAGGCAAGAACCUGCAGCUUUCUGUGGAUAAUGUCACUGUUGAAGGUCAGAUGACUGGUGCCCACACCCGGCUAGAAUUCCACAACAUUGAGACGGGUAUCAUGACUGAAAGACGUUUUAUCUCUGUUGUCCCAUCCAACUUCGUCGGUCACCUGCAGGGACUGACGGUCAACGGCAUUCCCUACCUCGACCAGUGUAAAAAUGGUGACAUCUCUUACUGUGAGCUGAAUGCUCGCUUUGGUAUGCGCCACAUCAUAGCCGACCCGGUAACAUUUCGAACUAAAGGAAGCCACCUAGCAUUAGCUACGUUACAGGCGUACGCUUCCAUGCACAUGUUCUUCCAGUUCAAGACCACCACUUCUGAUGGUCUGAUCCUCUACAAUAGUGGGGACGGAAGUGAUUUUAUUGUGGUAGAGCUGGUAAAAGGGUUUAUUCACUAUGUGUUUGACCUGGGCAAUGGACCCUCUUUGAUGAAGGGCAACUCAGAAAAGCCUCUAAAUGACAACCAGUGGCACAAUGUGGUGGUUUCCCGUGACUCCAACAACAUGCACACUCUUAAGAUUGACUCCCACACCGUCACACAGCACUCCAAUGGAGCCCGGAACCUCGACCUCAAAGGAGAGCUGUAUAUAGGUGGUGUGGGAAAGACUAUGUAUAACAGUCUGCCCAAGCUGAUAGCAUCCCGGGAUGGCUACCAGGGCUGCCUGGCAUCCGUGGACCUAAACGGGAGGCUGCCAGACCUGAUUGCAGACGCCCUCCAUCGGGUGGGUCAGGUGGACCGAGGAUGCGAUGGACCCAGCACCACCUGUACGGAGGACUCCUGUCAUAAUCAGGGGGUGUGUCUGCAGCAGUGGGAGGGCUUCUCUUGCGACUGCACCAUGACGUCCUAUGGAGGCUCAUACUGCAGCGACCCUGGGACUACCUAUAUUUUUGGCCGUGGAGGAGCCCUCAUCACCUACACGUGGCCUCCCAACGACCGGCCAAGUACACGGGCUGAUCGGCUGGCUGUGGGCUUUAGUACACAACUAAAAGAGGCUGUGCUGCUACGGGUGGAGAGCGCCAAGGGACUGGGAGACUACCUGCAGCUUCAUGUAGAACGAGGAAAGAUCGGCGUAAUUUUCAACGUGGGAACAGAUGACAUAGCAAUCGAGGAAAGUGGGGUGGUGGUCAGUGAUGGCAAAUAUCACGUGGUGCGCUUUACCAGAAGUGGUGGUAAUGCGACACUACAGGUGGACAACCAGCCCGUCAUUGAACGCUUCCCAUCAGGUCGACAGUUAACAAUAUUUAACAGCCAGGCAUUCAUAAAGAUUGGUGGUGGUGAAAAAGGAAGAAAUUUUCAGGGUCAAGUUUCGGGUCUUUACUAUAAUGGCCUGCAGGUACUGAAGCUGGCAGCUGAGGGGGACCCAAACGUUCAGGUGCAGGGCAACCUGCGUCUGGUGGGAGAAGUGCCCUCUGUCCUCACUACGGAUACAACAUCUACCACACCACUUGCAGAUAUGUCAACAACAAUUAUGGAGACCACCACCACUAUGGCCACCACCACCACCCGCAAACAGCGCUCGCCUACUAUGAGAGAUACUGUUACACAGAACACAGAUGAUCUGUUAGUAGCAUCAGCGGAAUGCCCUAGUGAUGAUGAGGAUCUGGAAGAGUGUGAGCCUGGUGGAGGUGAACUAGUGUUGCCCAUAAUAACCGUGGAUUCCCUAGAUCCCCCUUCAGUUGCAACACGCUACCCAGUAAUACCUCCACCCCCUACUUACCACCCUUUCCUCACACUGUUUGAGACCACUAAAGAGUCUCUGUCCCCAUCAAAUGGCCAUGCACCAUGUCCUCUGGACCAGGAGGACUGUGAUGAGACCAUGGAAGUCUCGGCUUACGGCUCGGGAGAGAUGACCGAGUCGGAUGACGAGGACUAUUACAAAAACUCCCCCCUAGUCACUGAUCGUACUGUGCUUCCACCUCCACCCACAGUAGCCGAAAACCCACGUGGAGAUCGCCACGUUUCUCACCACACUCCUAUCUCCGAGUGGCCCCUACUCCCAUCUUUUCCUACUCAAGCCCCACCCCGGCUUAGACAUGGCAUUAAUAGUGGUUCCAAUAUCCCGGCAGGCAAAAUGAACACCCGUGAUCAGUUCCUCUUGCCACCUGUUCAGCCCUCUGGUGAUCCUGAACAUGGCGGGCGACACAGACACAUUCCUGGUAUAACCAACUCUCCCAAUUUCCCCACCACAGAAUCCUCCAAUCCAAACAGAGGACCACCAGGAGCAGUCGAGGUGAUCCGUGAGUCCAGCAGCACCACAGGAAUGGUGGUAGGCAUCGUUGCAGCGGCCGCCCUGUGCAUCCUCAUCCUCCUGUAUGCUAUGUAUAAAUAUCGCAACCGUGAUGAAGGAUCGUACCAGGUGGACCAGAGUCGUAACUACAUAAGCAAUUCAGCCACUCAAAGCAAUGGCACACUGGUGAAGGAAAAACAGUGUGGAACUACCAAAACGGGCACCAAGAGCAAGAAGAACAAAGAUAAAGAAUACUAUGUCUGAGAUCAAGCCUGGUGGGACAAAGGCUGGAGGAGAGAGAGAAAGAUACAGAUGAAACAGGGAAAGCGUAAUACUGCUAUUUGUUGUCACUCACAUAUCUCAUCCACACAUCACUGUUUGUCGUCCUUGUUCCCAGAAGAUGAAAUAAAAACAAGAAAAAGAGGACCAGGAGUAUCCAAAUCUGCUAUUUCCUCUCCCACUUCAAUCCCAUUCCUGGGCCAUAUCUGUGCUCUUGUGUAACUGCUAAGUGGAUUUCCACUUCACACCAGUGUUAUUAUAGAUACAAUUUUAACAAUUUUCAUUCAGUUUAAUUUCAAUUUAUUUCUUUUAGUUUAAAAGGUUUUUUUGGGGGUUUUUUUUUAAUAAAACCUCAUUCUUUUUGUG